GUAGUUUUUGUAUUUCAUCGUAAAACAAGGAAUAAAGAGGCACUUUGAUUACUAAGCCAAUAGCAAAACGUUUUAUAACCGAGAUAAUUUAAAUAAAAAAUCUCAGAAGAAGCUACAUUAUUAAUCACGUCAAGUUUCAACUAAGUUAAUCGAAAAGAUCACGAUUUAAAGAUAAGAUAACAAACGACAAUGUUAAAUAUUCGCCUGCUUUUGUUAAUUCGAUCUCUUAUCUAAUAACUUUCUCGAUAAUGACUCGCGAUCACGUACGAAACUUUUCACCUCAGUUGCACAAACUCACGUCCAUUUAUCUGAAUCUGCAUUUUUACGUCUAAGAUCAACAAACGCCUGUUCAUUAUAUAUUGUUACUUGAAGACGCUAAAAUCAUUAAAUGUUGAUAAGUCAUACAGGUGAUAUCUAACUGAAAAAUAUAAUAGCUUUAAGCUAGCUUGGAUUAUACCUACCGUAAGUUAUUGAUGUUUUAAUUAGAAAAAUCUAUUAAAAGUCUAUUUAGUACUUCUUUUAAUACUGUUUAUGUUUCAGGUUACAUUUUCAUAAGAUGGGUAACCUUAGUAAAUGGGUGAUAAUAUUUGUAAGCAUCAGCUUAGCUGUGUCAACCGAGGGCUGGAGGAAACUGAAGCGAAGCCAGGACCAGAGCGUUAGAGCAACUGAAGAACAAUAUGACGAGGAUCCAGGCGAACUGGAGCCGUGUCAGUGCGGCGUGUUCAUGUCCCUCCAGGUGGGGGUGCGGGAGGGGCGGCGGGGGCGACCGCGGGGUCCGCCGACCGGGGAGCCGGUGGUAACGUACGACACGGACGAGCCGAGCCUGCCCUGCAGCAGUGGACACAAGCAUUGCAUCAGCAAAUGUCUUGAUGUGAUAUUAAAAUACUUACCGAAAGCCGGUCCUGUGAUAUGCGGUGCCGUAGAGAGAGAUGUUCACAGAGAGAAGGCUUUUCUUUUCAUCAAGAAUUGCGGCGACGAAUGGAUACCGACCCAUUUCUCCGCUGGGAAGGAGUUCUGCUGCAAAGAUGGACAGCAUAUGAAAUGCUAGAAGAUUCUACUGUUGAUUAAGUGGGAUAGAAAAAUGAAUUAUAAGUUUGUGAACAGAGUGAAACGUUAGUGAACAUAGUAAAGACUGUAUUGAAAAGGAGAUAUAAAUAAUUAGUUUACUUGUGAGAUAAGUA